AACUCAAUGAAACUCACUGACAGGUUGACAAGCUCGCAGCCUGCCUGCCGUUGGUCGCCUCUCAGAAGUUCACUUGUGAGCUAGACGUCAGCAGACAGAACAGGAGAGUCUCUCAGGUAGAGGAAUAAACACCAUGGUGGGAGUGGAGUGCAGGUCUGAGCAGGUGAGGGUGUAAACCCUCUGCGAUUGAUCGUCAAAGAGACAGAUAGCCGGACAGGUCGAGACUGUCAGAGAAGAAGAAUGGCUCGAAGUGUUAACUUUGACCUGAGCCACCCUCUCAUGGAAGCUGGAUUGGAGAGCCCUGUGGACGAGGAAGGUGUUCAUGACUCGUUCAACCAGCUGAUAGCGGAGCAGAGUCAGAAUGGAGGACUGUCUGACGCCUUCGAACUGCAGCAGCUGCAGAGAGACCUGGACGAGGAAGGUCGAGACGAUGUGGGCUACCUGUCCCACCCUGGACAUGAGUUUAGGGGAAGUAGGCCAGGGCAAAGGGAUGUGGAAUGGGAGGAUGGUGAAAGACAGAUAGACCCCCUCAUAGGUGAACGUUGGUCCUCAGCCACCUUGAAGGUCCUGUCCUCCAUGCCCAGUCGCACCAUCGGUCGCAACAGGGGAGCCAUCAUCUCUCAGUACUAUAACAGGACCAUGCAGCUUCGGAGACGCAGGCAGAGCAGACCCUCCAUCCGAGACUUCUCUCGCUCUGCCAGACCGAGCAUACGAGGCUACGGCAUGGAGGGAGACAGUACGGACGCAGAGGUGAGUAAGAGGGAGCGCUUGGUGAACAACCUGCAGAACCUGUCAGUGAGCGACAGAAUCAGGAUGCUCAGAGCGAUGCCUCUCAGUGUGGCUGAGAAGAGUGAACUCAGGAGGUUAGCACUACAAAAAGAGAGACGCUCACUUUCUGGCAGUAAGCUCCCCUGUUGCAGUCGACUCAAAUAUUACAUCAUCAUUGCUGCAAGACAGAGUUGGUACAGCUGGCUGUCCUUCCUGCACUCCCUCCAGCUGUGGCAAGUGGCGCUCAAGAGAGUGAGCGGGCGUUUUGGCACUGGCGUCCUCUCUUACUUCCUGUUCCUUAAGACCCUGCUCUUCUUCAACUUCUUCCUGUUCGUGGUGACCGGUGCAUUCCUGGUUCUGCCUCAGGCCGUGAACCCUCCAGUGCUGCCUGCAGGGAGAGCCUCCUUCUAUGGACUGGAGCUCCUCACUGGAGCGGGUUAUUUCUCAGACACAGUGAUGUACUAUGGAUACUACGGUAACUACACACUGCAUAAGGGUUGCAGGGAUGAUGCUGGAGGGCAGAAUGUGUCUGUGUCCAAUGGAACCAGGCCGGCCUGUUUGUCAAAGCACCACUCUUACAACAUGCCCCUUGCAUACUUCUUCACCAUAGGAGGGGCUUUCUUCAUCACGUGUAUCAUCCUUGUGUACAGCAUGUCAAAGUCGUUUGGUCAGAGCUUCCGAAUCGACAAGUCUCACAGUAUCUUGGCCAUGAAGGUCUUCUGCUCCUGGGACUUUAAGGUCAUAAAGAAACCCUCUGUCAGGCUCAUGUCUGAGAAUAUCUGCACCCAGCUCAAGGAGCUGCUAGCUGAGGUGAAUCAUAAGAAUGUCAAGAACACUGUGUGCCAGAAGCUGUGGAGACUGAUGGUUCAUGGCCUGGCAUGGGCUAUCUGCAUAGCAAGCACCACUGCCUGUGUGCUUGGUAUUUACUACUUCUCUGAUUACAUGCACCAGAACCUUCAGCAAAGUACUCGUCGUGCCAUCCAGGAUCCCUUGUUGAACGAGGCCAGCCUGCUGGCUCUCCCCGUCUUGGUGUCCCUGAUCAACCUGCUGCUGCCCGGCCUCUUCAACCUUGCAGCCUGGAUGGAGGACUAUGAGUCGCCGUCCAUACGCACAUAUGUCGCCAUCGGCAGAAACUUGAUGUUGAAAGUAAGCGUGCUCGGAGUCCUGUGCUACCACUGGCUGGGUCGGGUGGCUGCCGACCCUAAAAUUAUUGGACUUAAGUGCUGGGAGAGUUUUGUUGGCCAGGAGCUUUAUCGUUUCCUACUGAUGGACUUAAUCUUCACUCUACUUGACACCUUGUUUGGAGAGUUUCUUUGGAGGUUGUUCUCUGAGAGGGUGCUGAAGAGGAGGAGGAAGCCGGUGUUUGAUAUUGCCAGAAACGUCCUUGAACUUAUCUAUGGGCAGACGUUGGCCUGGUUGGGCGUUCUCUUCACUCCUCUCCUGCCUGCAGUGCAGAUUCUCAAACUCUUGCUGCUCUUCUACAUUAAGAAGAGCAGUGUGAUGAUGAACUGUCAGGCCCCCAGGAGGCCAUACAGAGUUAGCCAAAUGACCACCAUCUUCAUCACUCUGCUCUGCUUCCCCUCUUUCCUCGGCGCCUCUGUGUGUGUCACAUACACUAUGUGGAGUAUCACACCCUCCUCGUCGUGCGGUCCCUUCCGCGGCCUCAAAACGAUGUUCCAGGCGGGGAAGCGCUGGGUGGAAGAACUGGAGAGAGAUAAUCCCAACCUGUCCCUGCUGGCCAGGGCUCACUCCUACCUCGUGGAACACCCUAUCUUCCUGUUUGUGGGAGCAGGCAUCUUCCUGAUAGUCAUCUACUUCCACAGUCAGGUGGUGGACGGUCAAAGGAAGAUCAUCAGCUUACUACAGGAGCAGAUAAAAAAUGAGGGAGAGGAUAAGAAGUUUCUGAUCACUCGCCUCCAGUCGAUCCAUGAGCAAAAACGAACCCCCGCUCGACGACUCACAAGUCAGGACUCCAGCUGUUGAGAAGUCUCCGGUAGAUAAGCCUCCUCAAUUCUCUGAACACUGAGGUCUGGAGAAAUCUAAAAUCAGCGUGGCUGUAACUGGAAUAAUGGCCAGGGAAGGACAACUAUACAUACAGUUUGAGCAAAUUCAGAUGUGUUAGGCGUUUGGAAGAUUUUAAUAGCUGGAGCAUUUUGUAGAGAGAAACAGUGUGGAAGUAUCAGGCGAAACAAAGCUGUCUGCUUUAUGCAGUGCCGUUUCUAGAUGAAAUACCUGAACUCCAACUUUAGGAAGUCAAAUGUUACAGACGGACAGUAUAACCAGAGAAAUCUUAAAGCUGAUGUUAUCAGUUUAUAUAGAUUUCAGUCAUCUCUUGUAGAAGCACUUUUCAUAUCAACUGUGAACAGUUUUUUUAUUAUUCUUAUUUCUGGUGCAAAACAAUUAUGUAGUCUACAAAGUUUUUAAAUGCUUUUAAUUUUUAAAAUAACUUUAUCAGUAUGUAUGUUGUAGAUAAACUUUGGAUGUUGUGGGUGUGAUUAUGAUGAUACUGGAAAUGAGUUUGUUUUUCUAUUUUGUUUUAGGGUUUAAACUAAUACUGUAUUGUCAUACUUUUGUAAUUAAAUUAUGUUUUAUCAUA